AUGUCUAACAAAAAAUCCGAAACCCCAUAACUUCCUGAAGAAACUAUUAAAAAAGAAGAUACAAGAACUGACAAAAAAAGAGGUGACAAAACAAACCAACAAAAAACCCAAAAUAAAGGAGACCGUGCUGACACUACAGGCUACAAAAAGCACCCUCAUGGAUAAAACUAAAGAAAAGGAUCUGACUCAAGAAACAUUAAACAAGAUUUAGAUGGAAAUUUUGAAAAAUAUGAAAACAACGAUUAAAGAAAACGCACAGACAGAGUUAAAACUGAAAAAGUAAGCAUUUAUAACUGGGAUAAGUCUAAAAUUACCCUCGAAACUCCACUUCCUGAAAAACCUAAAGAAAAAGAAUUAAUAAAAGAACCAAAGAGGGAAGAACUCAACAAGAAAGUCGAUGAAGUCGAAAAACAAAUGGAAAACUACAAACACAAGAAGAACUAAAAAAUUUUGGAUAUUAUUAGCAAAGACAAAUCUUUAAAGACCAACCUUAAUGAAAAAUCUACUCCUUUAUAAUAAUUGUUAAAAGAAGCUUUUGACGAAUUAAAAGUUAGAAAAGAAGAAUUCUUAAAAUAUAAAAAUGAACAUGAAGAAAAAGAUUAAUAAGUUUAAGCUUUGUUUAAGAAAUAAUAAGAAUUAAGAAAUAAAAUGAAAAAAUGUUCUAAUGAAAAAGAUAUAAUUACAGAUUUAAAUAAUCUAUAGAAAAAAUUCAAUAAUGAAUAAUUAACUAAUUAAGAAGAAAAAAGAGUUGUUGCUUAAAUUGAAGAAUUAAAACUUUCUCUACCUUUUGCAAAACCUCUUUAAGAACUUGAAGAAUAAAAAUAAGAAAUCGAAAAAGUAUCUAAAGCUUUAAAAGGAAAGAUGGGUGCUGCUUAUAAAAACAUGAAAUUAAUAUAAGAAAAGAUCGACGAAUAUAAAAAAGACUUAGAUGAAAUUAAAAAAAUAAGAUUAGAAGGAGACGAAAAGAGUAACCCUGAAAUCGCUUAAAUAAAAGAAGAAUACUAAAAACAUAUUGAAGAAUUAAAAAAGAAGAAACAUUAAGUUUACUAUGACUAUGAUGUUUAAUAUAAGGCUUUUAAAGAUUAAUAAGAAUUAAUAAGAUAUCAUGAAUUUGUCAAAAGACAACAUGAUUAUUUAAGAAGAAUAGAAAAAGCUAAAAAAUUUGAAGAAGAAAAAAAGAAAAGAGAAGAAGAAGAUAAAUAAAAAGAAGAAGAAAAAAAAAAAAACAAAUAUUUAGAAUUCGUUGAAUUAGCUGAAACCUUGAUUAAAUACUUAGAAAGAUUAUAAGGAAAAAAUGAAUAAGAACAAACACAAUAAGAAUAAUAAUAAGAAGAAGUUAAGUAAAUAAAUAAUGAAGAUAUCGAAAAACUUGUAAAAGCAGAAAAAAUGACUGUCUUAGUAAGCAAAAAAGAUAGAUAGAUAAAUACUGGAUGUCAAAAUACUAAAGGAAAAAAUAAUAAAUAAAAAUAAUAAUAGUAAUAAUAAUAAUUACCUGAAAAAUCUAAAGAAAUUAAAACUAUUCACCACUCUUUUGAUAUCCUUUAAGGAUUCGAAAAAUUAUCUGUUUCAGUCCCUAUUUUCAAAUAAAAUAUUGAUACUGCUAUUUAAUAACUUAAUGAAAAGAAAAAAUAUUUCGAAGAAUUACCUAAUAAUGAAUAAGGAGAAAGUUAAGUAGAAGAACACAAGGAAAAAUAAGUUCAUAACGUUAAGAACAAAAAGAAAUAAGAUAUUGACUUCGAUGAAACAUCAUUCCCUACUAUUAAUUGACCUUUGGUGAGGGGAUGAUCCUUUUUAAUAUAUGGAUAUUAUUUUAUUUUAUUACAUCCAUAUAUUAUUCAUUAAUAUAUAAAAAUAACUAUAGAAAUAAUUAUUAUUUAUUAUUCAAUUUUUUAUUAAAUAAAAAAUUGUUUAUAAAUUUAAUUUAUUUUUAUAUAUAUUUUUAUAUAUUAUAUUUUUUUAAAGAAGAGGGAGAUUUUAUUUGAGCCAGGGUGAAGAAAAAUGCUAUUUUUAUAAAAUAACAACAAAAAACAUAAAUUAUUUAAAUAAACGGUUUAUUUUUUUACUAAUUAAAAAAUUAAAUCUUUUAUUUUUAUAAAUUACAUUUUUCUUCGAAAUUA